AGUUAAACGAAAUGUCGUGUCACAAAUAAAUUUUGUAGUUGGUAACACAAUCGAAUCAAAACAAACGAACAUAAACACAACCCAUAUGAUUUUGACGCACAAUUUACAACACUUAUGUAUGGUGUUCUUAUUGCAUCAGUUAUUCAAACGAAAUGUUUAUUUUACGAACAAUAUCUAAAACAAAUUUAAUUUGGCAAUGUCAACGCACUUUUAAUAGUGUUUCUGCAAAUAAUAGGAUCAAUUUGCUGAACAAACUUAAAAGCGACAAUUUACAAAAACGUGAACUGUGGGGUUACGUAGCAAUUGCGUUCAACAAAGUUGACAGUGAGCGACUAUCCAAAGUGGGACCGGAGCGGCUGUGUGCAGAAUGGAUAUUAAAAAAUGGUGGUGCAGUCGGUUUAGUAGGCAUGCAAAAUCGGGUACUUAAGGACUAUAAUAGUCUCCCACCUGAGUCGGUAAAAUUCUAUCUGCAAGUCAUUGAUGCCACUAAUGCAUCUAUUAUGAAAAUGGGACUCGAUCAUUUUGCCGGUUGUCGGCAUAUAGAUACAGUUAUAUUUGACAACUGUAAGCAUCUGGAAGAUGGAGGUCUUGAUGGUUUAGUACAUUUGAAAAACACGCUUAAAAGAUUACAAGUUUCUGGUUGCUAUAAUCUGAGAGACAGCUGCUUUGAUGUAGUAGCUCAAUUGACGGCGUUGGAACAGUUACGUUUGUUCGAUUUGUUAUAUGUGAAAGAUAUACAAGGCGUGGCUAGUAAACUGCGGCAAGCGUUACCAAAUUGCAAAAUUGAAGUGAGAGCCUCCAAGUAGACUGAUUU